AUGUCAUCACUCAGUAUUGGAAACGACAAACCCUUGUCAACUUCAGCCCAUCCUCUCGAUCCUUUAUCAGCAGACGAGAUCCGUACUGCCGUCUCAGCGGUACGAACGUUCUUAGGCACCCAUGAAAAUGUCGGGAAGCCAUUAGUCAAACCUCUAUUCAACAGUAUCAGUCUCCGUGAGCCACCUAAAUACGCUGUGCUCCGAUGGUCUGGUUUAUUCGACGAGCAAGAUCUCGAAGCUGUUGGAUCAUCUGGUACAGAGCCUUUAAAACGACAAGCUGAUGUCCACCUCAUUUGCCCUGUCUCAUCUCAAAGCUUCGAAGGGGUGGUCGACCUUCCCUCGAAUCUUCCAGGACAGAAGCAAACAUCUGCGGCAGUAUCAGUCUGGACGCCAUUGCACGAGUUGAUCCAACCAUCACUCCAAACUGAGGAACUCAUAUGGGCCGAGGAAAUUUGCCAGAAGGACGAAAAGGUUCGACAAGCAUGUGAAGCUAUCGGUAUCAAGCAGUCAGACAUUGCUGUUGAUGGCUGGUGCAUUGGUCUCGAUGAACGAUUCCCUGGACGCCGUCUACAACAGUGCUUCAUCUUUGCACGACUCCGUCCAAACGAUAAUCUCUACGCGCAUCCUUGCGACUUCAUCCCGGUAAUCGAUUCGCACACUGGAGAAGUCCUCACUAUCGACUAUCCUCACACGAAUCAGAAGCAAGGCGAAGCCCAUCCUCCUUCGUCUGCGGAAGCUCACGCGGCUAAAGAACCCAGAGAGCGAUUCGCCCCACCCAUGUCUGGACAGAACUACCUUCCCGAACAAAUCGCUUUAGAUGACCCAACUUUCAAGGUGCGAGAUACGUUGAAACCGCUUCACGUUGUACAGCCCGAAGGAGUCAGCUACUCGUUAGACGGACGAGUUCUCAGCUGGCAGAAUUGGAAAGUGCAUAUUGGAUUCGAGUUCCGUGAGGGGCUUGUGCUUUCAAAUAUCACCUAUGACGAUGGUGUCAAGGGAACAAGACCAGUCUUCUACCGAUUAUCAGUAGCAGAGAUGGUUGUUCCAUACGCCAAGACAAUCUUCCCUCACCACCGAAAGCAAGCGUUCGAUACGGAUCGGGUGGAAUUGAGACGAUCAAGUCGGCGAUUUGCAUACACGAGGAGGACGCUGGGAUCUUACACAAACACACCGACUUCCGUGAUAACCGGGCUCACGUUGCAAGAAACCGUAAACUUGUCAUCUCCUCCAUCUGCACUGUCGCAAACUAUGAGUCUUGACGGGUCUGUGGAACUCGAGGUCAAAGCUACUGGUAUUGUCAACGCCUAUGCUCUGGCUCCUGGAGAGGCCCGCGAUCCAUCGCACGAGGUAGAAGUCGCUCCACGUAUAGCCGCUCAACAUCAUCAACAUCUCUUCUCACUACGCGUUGACCCGAUGAUCGACGGUUUACAGAAUCAAGUGGUCCAAGUGGAUUCGGUCCCCGAUGAUGAGGAUGUUGGCAGUGAUAGUAAUUUCUACGGUAACGGAUUCAAGACUGUCAAGACGUUGUUCAAGAGUAGUAAAGACAGUGUGUCCAAUGCGGAUCCUGCCAAAGCACGAGUCUGGGCGAUCGAAAACCCCAACAAGCAGCAUUUCAGUACUGGUGGAAAUGUCAGUUAUAAAAUCGUCUCCAAGGACAUGCCACCAAUGCUGGCCAAACCAGGCUCAAUCGUAUGGAACAGAGCACCGUUCGCCCGACAGAAUAUGUUUGUGACGACGUAUUCGGAUGAUGAAAAGUUCCCCUCCGAUGUUCACGUGAACCAAAACCCUGGUGGACCAGACUUUGGCUCCCAACAAUGGAUCAACAGGGAUGAUAACAUCGUCAAUAAGGAUGUUGUCUGCUGGCCAUGUUUCGGGGUGACACACAUCUCACGACCUGAAGAUUGGCCAAUCAUGCCAGUGGAGAUUUUACGAGUCCACCUCAAACCCUCUGGCUUUUUCGACCGCAAUCCCGGUUUGGAUGUCCCGUCGAGCGCUGAUUCCAAAUCACGUUACGCUAAUGAAGCCUUCACGAAUGGGCAGCUUACCAAUGGCAACGCAUCUUGUUGCGGUAGAUAG